CUCUGACCAUCCUGUGUGGAGGAUUGAUUUUAGCUUAUUAUUAAGCAUACUCUACUUACACUCCAUUAGCUGAAAACUAUGGCUGAAGUGUGGCGCGAUGAAGGAGAGGGAAGGUGCAAAGAUCUGGACUUGUACAACAACAGACGCUCAACAGUCCUAGGAAGAACCAAGUCGGAUCGUUUUCAUUCCAGCCGAGGUCCAUUCUCUUCAAUACGAGCAGCUAUCAGGAGAACUCGAACAAACUCCCAGAGCGAUCGGACAAGAGAAAGAAGGCGCUCAGAAAUUAUCAUUAUCUCCUCAGAGCCUUUAGAUCGGAGAUUGGAUGCUUCUGAAAUUUCUACGUCUGAAGGAAUCCGGCCUCCGCCGUCUUAUGACCAGGUAAUUAAGGAGAAGACCCAGGAGGUUCACCCUACAAAGCCCACAGCGACCCCCCGACGCUCCUCCUGCUCAGACACAAGUACAAAGAGUGACUGUGUGAAAGACGACGCUGCAAAACAGUCUUCAACAGGAAAAAAGCCUCAAAAACCCCCGAGACCGUCGUUGCCGAAGUCUUUACAGAGGCGGAACACUUUUGCUGCAGGAGGUUCUACUGCCAGGACAACAACAGCAUUUCCUAUCGCUGGUGAUAGACGCAACACUAGCGCUGAGGUGCUCAAAGAACCCAGCUCCCCACCGACUAGAUCUGUCACUGUACAUUGGGAUAGUGGUGGAAAACAGAGUGAAACAUCGUAUCAGUCUCCAGUCACACCAGUUCCUCUUCCACGAAUCAAAUCCAAAAGACAGACCGACACAGAGGCGUCUCCUUUGGUAAUCGUAAGCUGCGAUAGUCUUGUAAACGCACCCACUGACCCACGGAAGGCCCACACAAAUGAAUACCUGAAGGAGCUGCUGGACGUCUUUAGCACUCAGGGGAAGCGUGGGAUAGAAGAAACGUCUGAUCAGGACUCACAAGGUGACGAUGCUGAUGGUGAGAUGAGCGCCAAAAACAGUCAAAGCAAUAUGCAAGCACGGAUCCAGGCCUUUGAGAGCCAGCCCAGCUCUGAGGAGAGAUACGUGGCUUUGCCCAUCAAGCCACAACCCCUACCCAGGAAGGGCAAGCCGCCAGUGGCUGCCAAACCAUCGGUGGCUUUAAAGCCUCCCUCAGACCCUGAGCCAAAUCAUUCUGAUCAAAAUGUUUUGACCACUCAUGAGACACAAGACGCAAGACCUCUGCCCCCGAAGAAACCAGUGGGACAUCCUGUGAAGGAGGAACUGGAGGCGCUGCUCAACAAAGGCCCAGGUCUUCUGAGAGCACGGCCGCCCGGGCUGACUCGGGCCAACAGCAUCCAUGAUGAGGAGCCGGCAGCUGGUCCACCGACUCCACCAGUCAAGCCCAAAAAAGAGCCCCUGAAGCCCAACCUGAACAUCAACAACCACAACUCUACAGCUGUGGCUGAGCAGAAUGUGUACCAGGAAGUUCUAGCAGUUCCAGCGAAACCACAGAAUGCCGUGGACAGCAACGGAGCAUCCACUCGGCAAGGUCCAACAAGGCGACCAACAACAAUCAGGGUCCCUAGCAAGACCGCACCAGCCUCAGAACAGGUCCAGGACAGUCCUCCUCCUCUGCCUGCUCAAAAGCCUGUUGGCGCCCUCAAUACUCCCAGGAUUCAUAAACAAAGCUCAACACCAAUCCUGCCCUCUCAGGAAUCUUUCGGUAUGUGGCCAGAGCCGUCGCUGCCACCACGGAGACCAUGUACAAACAAAUCUCUUCCGCCACGUCCACCACCUGCCAAACCAGGACCGGGAAGACCUCCACAGCCGAGCCUUCAGGCCUCAGGCCGAGCUCACUCAGUUACGUGGGAUGCUUCACCGAAGCCCCAGACACAGAAGCCCAGCAGAACCGGACAAGCUUUACCUCCGCGCCCUCACCCAGGCCACCGUCUCUACAACAAAUACACACUUCAACUUCCCCAUGGAAUCGCCUCUUCUGACUGUCAUGGGAUCGGUGCUGGAGAGCUGUCGUUUCAGAAAAACGAGGUUCUUCUGCUGCUUGAGGAGAUGGAUGACGACACAUAUGAGUGUCAAGUUGGCGCUGCGAGAGGGAGAGUCCACAAAUCCCAGAUGAAAGUCAUCACCCCACUUGAACCCACCAUGUCCUCAUCACCGGCAAAUGGCCUGGCAGGUGGAGAUGGAGCAGGGAUGAAGGUUCAGGCCAUCUAUGACUUCACUCCAGAAGGUCCAGGCGAGUUGGGUCUGAUGUCAGGAGACAUUGUGAGCAUGGUGGAGGCGGUGGACAGCCAGUGGUAUAGAGGAUCUUGUCGGGGCGUCACUGGUUUCUUUCCUAUCAGCCACGUCAAAGCGCUGUCUGAAUCAUCCACAUCCAUCCCGGAAAGGAACCCGAAGCCUCCGUCUGCAAGAGUCAGCGGUCCAAGGUGCGUUGCGAGGUUCGACUUUGAGGGGGAGCACAGCGACGAGCUCUCAUUCUCCGAGGGCGAUGUGAUCCAGCUGGCAGCCUACGUGGGGCAGGACUGGGCCCGGGGACAGAUCGGGAACAGGACUGGAAUAUUCCCUCUGAACUUUGUGGAAGUGGUGCCUCCAGCUCAGAGUCCGCCGAGCAGGAUCCCACUGCCUGGUUUGGUGUCAACUCCAAGUGUCCAGCCUGAUGUUCACAGACCAGCACAGACAUCCGAGGCUGGUGUGGAGUGGGUGAUCGCUCUGUAUGACUUUUCUGGGGAGUCGGACAACGACCUGUCCUUCCAGCAGGGCGACAGCAUCCUGAUCACCAAGCAUGUGAACAAUGAGUGGAGCUUGGGCAGGCUCAACGGCAGAGAGGGAAUCUUUCCUCGGGCUUUUGUGGAAACUGCAAACUUAAAUGAGCCGUCAAACUCCCAAGCAUCAGGAGUACGGGGAAAAGCUCUGUAUAAUUUUACAUCCACCUGUGAGGAGGAGCUGUCGCUGCAGGCAGGAGACAUCCUAACUAAUCUGGAGUCUGUCGAUGACGAAUGGUUUCUGGCAGAUUUAAAUGGAAACCGUGCUCUGGUUCCCAAAAACUAUGUACAAGUUCUAGGAUAGAGACGCAGCUUCAUCCCAAACAUGUUUGACUUUUUGCCACCGUUUGUGUAAAUUGAUUGUUUGAUACGUAUUUGAAAAUAAACUA